AUGCGCUCUCUACGCGCCGUUAUCGCGACAGCCAUCACGGGAGAGGCGCCGGCUAAUCUGGGUGAUCUGGGGGAUUGGGAGCAGUCUCUCGACGGCUUCGACCCAGAGGGCGACAGUGGGUCAGUGUACGUCUGGCCACCGUGCUACCUGGUUGAAGCCUACGAGAUGCUUGCUGACAGUGAGAUACCUGACAUAGACCCCAAUGUCGCCAGCGGCGUGCGCUUCUUUGCUGACAGCUUGCGGCAGCUGAUUGAGGCCGACGAGGGCUCGGGGAAGCAGUGGGAGGGGGUCUGCGCUGCAGCCUUCAUUCAGCGGAUGCUUGAGAGCCAUUUUCUGUCGGAGGGCCUCAUCACACAAGGCAAGCUCACUCCUGGAGCCGAGGAGCUUGUACUAGAGGCCGUGCUGGAGGUAUGGAUGAAUGGAGGAUGGACAAUGACUGCAACACUUCUGUGUAUAUGUAAACAUAUGUACUUCGCUGUUUGGUAGGGCUGCCGAUUUGGCGGCGUUUUUCAGCCCCGUUCGGAUGACCUCAUCAAGAAGGACAACUCCGCCGACUUCGAGCGCCUUCGCGAGAGGUUUCUGCGGUGGUUGGAGAUCGGGGACAGGCCAGCUCUCAAGAAGGGCCGUACGGCUUUCUUCGUGAAGCCGAAAAUCGCCCUCUUCCCCAAAUACGACUUUUUUAUCUUCAUUGUGGAAGACGGCACGGUCGUGGACAUCUACGGCUACCAGUGCACGACGAGCCCUAGUAAGACGCCUGACAGCACGGAGACGGACGCAGAGUCCGACUUUGCGAACCAGUCAUUUUGGCUCAUUGGCAAGGCCGGAGAUGACAGGAAGGAGUCGCGGGGGUGGACCAUUCCUUCUCAAGAUGCGUUCGGGUGUGUGGCUGGCUUCUCGCUGCGUCACACAUGCCCUCCCUCCCUGCUGUUCGACGUAAACAAGUUGGACUGAGGACAACCUGGCGCACGUACCUGGUGGACAGACAGUCGUAGGGAGAGAGGCGUGUGCGGUGCAGGGGGGCCCUUGUGUGUGUGUGUGAAGGUUCUUACGUGGAAGCUGGCAUCUCAAAAGUCAUAUGUCGUUUGUUUGCUGCCCCUGCGCUCACAGUGAGUGAGACGAGCACACUGGUCUUAUGCCUAUAGCCAACCCAGUGUCUCUGUAGUAGAUUUUCCACUCAGCAUUCAGCAUUAGGAUUGGCAAUUGGGAGGCGAGAGGGGACACCCAUUGGGUGUGUGUGUGUGCGGAUUUCCUUUCGUUUUCUGCAUGUUCUUUGUGAAUUGACCGCAUCGACCGGACCUGCAUCCAUUCAGACGGUCUUCCAUUGGCUUCAAUUGGUCAUGCCACGCUGU